AUGGACUACCACGUCUUCCCAGGCCUUCCCAACUCGCAUUGGUUUCCCUACCAGCUGCCCUUCUACACCCCUCUGCAACAUGAGCCCUCAGCGCCGCCCGCCUUCCCCCGCCCACGUCCCGUCCGCGUGACGAAGCCUCGCAGCGCCGGCAACAGCCCUUCCUCCGUCGUCAGACGGCGUACCACCAUGUCUCACUCCAGGCCCUCGCAGCCCGACCAGUCUUACCAGGCAUAUCAAGCCAUGAACGCAUCACUGCUUGCCUCGGCGGCCACGACGCGGCGCUCUCGCCCAACGAGUUGGCACCCGGCCUCGAAGCCAGCCUUGUUGAUCAACAACAACAACAACAACAACAACAACAACAACAACAACAACAACAACCCUAUGCUGAUGGCCUCUUAUGGAGAGUCGAUAUCAUCAGUACCAAUGACCCUAGAAGAUUACCCGAGUACCACCACGGCAUCCUUCGGACCAGGACCAGGUGUCCUAGAUCCCAACAUGGCCUAUGUGUCUGGCUCGCUAGCUCUAGCCCCCACCAUGACCGCUGCCGAUGAAUGGCCUCUGGACAUGGUCUCCAUGACCAGUAGCAUCCCUGCCGCGCCCGUGGCCGGCUCCUGCUACGAAAGCGUCCUCUCGUCGGACGAGUAUGGCGGGCCCCCAACGCCCGACUUUAUUCCUCUCCACCACCAACUCGACCCACCGGAGCUGCCCCUGGAUCUACCACUAGAAAGCGGGCCAACGUCCGGGGACGAACUGGUCGGCAUGGGCCUGUACAGCGAUCCUCUGUUCGAACAGCGAGGGGUCUGCGGCAAGGGGCUCAAACUGGAGGAAACGUUUGUUCCGGGCGGUGAUGAGGAGGACGAGAGCGAGGAUGAUGAAGCAGACUCAGACGAUGACGAUGCAGAGGACCUGGCCCCUCCUCCUCCUCCUUUACCCAGAAAGACAGAUGGCUUUCUCUCUCGCUCGUUUUUGUACGAAGAGAGAAGCCAGCUGGCUAACUGCAUGAGUUACGGAUACGGAUGGAUCUGA